CAUUCCUGCCUCUGGUAGGCUGAACAUCACAUCACAUGUGAGGAGUACGGGCUGCCUGGAUUAGAAUAACUAGAGACCGACAGAGGGAAAAAAAGAUGAAGGAAAGAGAAAAAAGGGAAAAUAGGACGGGGUGAAGUAGUGAUUGUACCAGAGAGUGGCUCAGAGCGGUCGGCUGAUGACGUGAAGCGCUGCACACACAUCUGGAACAGCUUGAGCAGCUGCACCUGAAGAGAUGGGUUCCUCCGCAAAACCUCUGCCGGCACUUUUUAUUUUUUCCCCCGCGCUCUUUCCCCCUCCCCUCUUUUCUCUUGCAGCCUCUACAUUUUUUCUCUCUCUUGUUACCGCCUGCCUGCCGGAGCGCCGGGAUGGUUACCCGCUGUGCAUCAGCAAAGGAGAGCGAGUGAACCGGAGCAGAAGAGAAGAGGAGAGACAUGGCACAAGAGGACAGUAACAUGGGAAAGAAAUAUUAAGUGUGAGGUAGGAGAUAGAAGUUGACUAGCGUGUUGUCAGUGUCAGUGGAGAAGAGGCUGAGCACAAGGAAUUUGGAAAAGGAGAGAAGGAUGGAGAAGGAGAGAGUGUGAAAGGCAGGGAGAGAUAAAUUGAGAAGGGAUUAAGGAGCCGGAAUGCGCUGACACUAGAGACCCGAGUUUCUGUUUGCGUUCGACACUGCACAUCCUGUCACUCCACAGGUUUACCCAGGCAUACACCAGUUUACCAACACACUCACCUACUGUUUGCUUUGGAGGAUCUCGGGAGGCCACACCGGGAGAAGAAAACACCAUCCAAGGAGCUAUUAACCUCCCACCCUCAGUUUGCCUCCCACCCAUCUUCCCAAAAGUGCCCUCCCUACCUCCCUCCCUCCCUCCCACCGGGCCCCCUCUCAGCCUACCUGCACUAGUCACAACACGCCGGAGCUGUGGAGUCACCGAGUCACACUCACUGAGAGCGGGGGGAAACUCCGGAUCGCCCAUGGGACACAACUCCAGUCAGCCAGGCUGAGAAAGACAGAGGAGCUUUGCUGAUCCGCCGACCUGCAGGAUGUCUAAAGCCUCCAGGCUGGCCAGGCCGCCUUCGGCGGGGGCUGGGUCUAAGCUGCCCUCCCAGAGGAAGGAAUGCCCUGGCACCGGCGCCGUGCCCGGCAGAGCCCGGGUCCUGAGCGUGGGGGAGAAACUUAUGAGGGCAGGUAGUGAUGGAAUCCUGAACAGACAGAAGUCUUUGACGGCCGCGGCGAUGCCACAAGGCAAAGCACAGAGCGAGGCUCAGACUGAGGCUCAGGCCCCCAGCCAGAGUCAAGGUGAGAAGGGCCAGAAUAUGGAGAUGGUCCCUCCCAAGAGCAGGAUCAGCCCACCUAAAGCCUCGAGUCAGCAGCAAGGCUCUGUGCACAAACAAACCAAGAGCAGCCUGAAGGUAACCUCCCCAGAGGACGCCGAGCACAUACACCGCAGACAGGCCUCCCCAAAUGGGACGCCCCCUUCAAGAGGGGACGCCAAAGGCAGCCGCACUGUCCCCCGAAGGCACACGUUAGGGGGAGCCCGGGGCUCCCGAGAGAUCCUGGCAAUGCAGCCGUCAGAUAUGGACAAGAAGAGGGAGGCCUUCCUGGAGCACCUGAAGCAGAAAUACCCUCAUCACGCCUCGGCCAUCAUGGGCCACCAGGAACGGCUGCGGGAGCAGUCUUUGCAGGGCAUGCUCGCCUCCCUCCACUCUGAGCUUGACAUUCAGAGGUAUUUGAUGAAAAUCCAAUUGCCCCACAGAAGCAGAAGCCCAAAGCACGGCCCCAGCCCGCAGCCGAGCGUCGGCGAUCAGGUCGACCACCUGUCCCUGGCCUCCCUGGAAUCGCUGGACGCCAUGUCUGAGGCCGACGCGCCCACCGCCUUCACCCGAGGCAGCCGGAUCCGCGCCAGCCUGCCUGUGGUGCGAUCCACCAACCAAACAAAGGACCGCUCACUAGGUGUGCUGUACCUGCAGUACGGGGACGAGACCAAACAGAUCCGCAUGCCUAAUGAGAUCACCAGCAUCGACACAAUCAGAGCUCUGUUUGUUAGUGCCUUCCCGCAGCAGCUCACCAUGAAGAUGUUGGAGUCGCCCAGCGUCGCGGUCUACGUCAAAGACGACAUGAGGAACAUGUACUACGAGCUCGCUGACGUCAGGAACAUCACAGACCACUCCUGCCUGAAGGUGUACCACAAAGACCCGGCACAAGCGUUCAGCCAUGGACCCCGACCAGCCAACGGCGAUGCCAGGAUGCACAGUGACAUGGUGCAUUCCGGCCGUGAAGGCCAACACCCUCUGAGACAUCCCGCCAUGGGUCCCCCAUCACACCACCCCAUGCAGGGAGCACCCCCACCAUCUCCCCACUCCAUGCCCCCAUCUCCCUCCAGAAUCCCUUUCGGUCCAAGGCAGGGCUCCGUACCCGGGAGUGCCACUAUCCCUAGAGACCGACUGUCUAACGCCAAUCCCCCGGCCCGCUCUAUUUCUCCUUGUCCCAGCGCCAUCCUGGAGAGACGGGAUGUCAAGCCGGAUGAGGACAUGAGCGGGAAGAGCCACAGCCUAGCUAGGGGAAAUGAGGGCUUGUAUGCAGAUCCAUACCUGCUCCAAGAGGGACGGAUGGCCAUGGCUGCAGCCCACGGACCGCACCCCAAUCCCGGUCUUGAACAUCCAGAACACGUCAUGGGCGGAUUUCACCGUGCCUCCAUCCGCUCCACAAGCUCUUACAGUGGGCCCAGCCCCACAGACACGAUCGAUCAUCCUUCUCUGUACAGACAGAAGUCCAGAAACAGCCAGCUGCCUACUUUGGGUUCCAAAACUCCUCCCCCAUCCCCUCACAGGAUGACUGAGGUACGGAUGAUAGACAUCCAUAGCGGGCCUCCUCACAGCCUGCCGCCUCAUGGUGUUCCCAUGGAGAGAAGCUCACCAGUGCGCCAGUCCUUCAGGAAGGAGGAAGUGACGGGGGCUAAGCCCCGGAACAACAUGGGAUCCCCUGUGGUUUCUGACCUCCAGGGUCACGUCCAGGGGCCCAUCCCAGCUGCCAGUGACCAUCAGACACGAGAGCGAAUGAAGGCUAUGGAGCAACAGAUUGCCAGUUUGACUGGUCUUGUUCAGCAUGCACUUUUAAAGGGCCCAAACACUAGUGGCACCAAGGAGCCUCUAAGUGAGAGGCCACCGAAGACAUCGUCUCCAGCCCACAGUGCACAUAGUUCAGGUGGUUCUCCAGUCUUGGCUCCCAAGAGUAGCCCCGCCCCAUCUGACAAGAGUUCAGUUCCUCUCAAAGUCAACCUCCUGCAGUUCAGGAAGAAUGUUUCUGACCUCAGGAUGCAGCUCCAUCAGAUGAGACAGCUGCAGCUUCAGAACCAGGAGGCUUUGCGGGUGCAGCUCAAGCGAGCAGAGCAGGAAAUCAGUAUUAAACUCACCGAAGCCAUGCGGCGUCUGGAGGAUCCUGUCCAGAAGCAGAGGACUUUGGUGGAAGAGGACAGACACAAGUACUUAGGCCUGGAGGAGCGUGUUCUCUCACAGCUCAAUGACCUGGAGCAGUAUGUAGGUUCCCUCCAGAAGGACGCGGCGACAGCACACAGACCGGUGACACUAAAGGACGUGGAGGAAGGAGCGGUGACUCUGAGGAAGGUGGGAGAAUCUCUGGCAGGACUCAAAGGAGAGUUCCCGGCCCUGCAAACCAGAAUGCGGGCCGUACUCAGGGUGGAGGUAGAAGCUGUCAAGUUUUUGAAGGAGGAACCUCACAAGCUGGACAGCAUGCUGAAAAGGGUCAAGAGCCUGACGGACACACUCAGCAGUCUGAGAAGAUGUGCUACUGAGUAUCAGAAAGGUCCUGAACCUUCCACUAAUGUCUCUGUGAAUAACAGCCCCACUGUAGCAGCAGUAGCAGUUGCAGAAGCCCAUGAAGAAACUCCUUCAUCAGCCCAACCUGGCUCAACUUCCUCCCCUCUAGAGCCCCAGAGCUCUACCAUCAAGUCUGAGGUGAUGCCUUCCUCACCAGUGGUCAUCCAUCAUGUCCAAAGCUCCCCGGUGCACAUCCAGCAGUCCCAGCAGUCUGCAGCUUUGACAGCUCAGCCAAGUCCCCCUCUUACCCCCAGCCCCACUCACUUCCCCAGUCCCAAAAUGAGCAAGAGUCAAGGCCGGGAAUCUCCCAAAGGAGCGACCUCGGAUCCACCGAGUCCUGCCCACCAUAAGAAGACUGCAAACCCAGUCAAUAAUAGCAACGGCACUGCCAGCCAGGAUCUCGUGAUAGAGGAGCUCCAGAACAGUAAAGGCAAGAGCAGAAACAGAGCCGUGUCCAUAGAGGCAGCGGAGAAGGAAUGGGAAGAGAGGAGGCAGAACAUGGGUCAUUAUGACGGAAAAGAAUUUGAGAAGAUCCUGCUAGAGGCCCAGGCCAACAUGAUGAAGGGCAUUCCAAGUCUAGAGGUUGACGAGAACCCAGCACAGCCUCCCUCUGCCGUUACAGAACAGGAACACAACCCUGUCGAGUCUCCUUCAGAGCCCCAGUCAGAGAAUCUCUCUGAUAAAUCUGCCAAGAGAGGACCUGAGAAACUCCCUAAGCCUUCGAAGGAGAAACCUGCCAUUCCAGCACUGGAGAGACCUACAAAAACUGCCAGCAAGCCAGCAGCCACAGAGAGUUUGACCAGACAGGGGUCUGAAAAGUCCAACAAGUCUCCACCACCACCACCUCCUCCGAGGAAAACCUACUCCAGCUCCAGCUCAGGCAUGACCACAACACGCUCUGGUGAGGUGGUUUACACCAGCAGAAAGGAAUCUGUCUCGGCUCAGGAAGGUGAAGAGGAAGCUCUACCUCCCUCUCCUCAACCCAAGAUAACCAAGGUUCCACCGGAAACCAAGCCGAAGCCAGCCACCCCACCACCUGUCAUUGCUUCUGUCACCAGAGAAGAGGAGGAUGAAGGCGACAAGAUCAUGGCAGAGCUCCAGGUUUUCCAGAAGUGCACAGUUAAGGAUGUAGGGCUGAAAAAUUUGGUAGAGCCCAACACUCGAAUUGAACCACAAAUAAGAGAACUAAGACCGGGGGCUUUACUGCCCCUCAAAGAGAAAAAGCAGAGCACAGAACCCAGUCGAGACGAUAAAGAUCCAGACACCGAUGAAAACGGGAAUACUACUGUACGACAGAGCCAAGGGGUUAUAUAUUAUGUGACUGGCCAGAUUGCCAAAGAUCAGCCACCCCCAUCAGGAAAGGAAGACACCCCUGAACACAGAGAGCCCCCACCACAGCCUCCAACACAGGUGUCAAAUGUCAAUAUUAAUGACAAUUCUCCAAGCCAGCAGCAGCUGCCAUCUCUGUCUCCACCACCCAAAUCACCCACACCUGUUACACCUCCACCUAUAUCACCCAAACCUGUGGGACUUAAUGGAUUCAAACUACCGAGGAAGCAAGUUAAACGCUCUGAAUCUUUGAAGACCAGUGCAGAAACACAGAAGGGAAAAAGCCUCAGCAAAAUGAAGUCUGACAAGAAAAGUAAAAUAAUAAUGGAGGCAGCAGCUACCACAACAACCAAAGCUGUAAAAGAGGCGUCUCAACAUUUUGUUGCUACACACCAAAAGACUUCCAAUGAGGAUAGGAAUCCCUCUAAAACCACUUUUGAGGACAGUGAUGAUGGGGCUGGCCUUAGUCCUGACUUACCAGGAGAGGAGGCGCCUCCACCCCCAGACAACAUUGCAUUUAUGAUCACUAACACCAAGGUUCAGGCCUUGUCUUGUGGCGAGUACCAAGAACUGGUCAAUGCCAAAAAAGGAAAUGACUGCUUACAGACUGUUACUGUUGGCAGUGCAACACACCGAGGGGACGCCACAGCAGAUCCGACUGCCCCACAGGAUAAUGGCUUCAACAAGAAACCUGUAAUCAUUAUCUUUGACGAGCCAAUGGAUAUCCGUUCAGCUUACAAGCGCCUGUCCACCAUCUUUGAAUGUGAGGAGGAACUGGACAGGAUGCUUGCUGAAGAGCGCAUCGAUGAGGAGAGUGAAGAGUCCGACUCAGACAGGAGUGGCGGGCUGCAGGUAAAAGCCAGAGUGGCCGAUGCGGUUGAUGGCAAAAAGGUCAGCGGUUCACAGAGCGCUGGAGAUCAUGCCAGUUUAUCAUCCUCAUCCUCAUCUUCGAUAUCUGAGCUAACAGACAGCGGGGUAAAUGGAGAUGCCAAGUUGGAUGGUAAGAAGAGAUUUAAGUUCAAGUUCCCCAAGAAACAGCUGGCAGCAUUGACCCAGGCAAUUCGCACGGGAACCAAGUCAGGCAAGAAGACAUUACAGGUGGUCGUGUAUGAAGACGAGGAGGAAUCUGACGGUACUAUCAAGCAGCACAAAGAAGCGAAGAGAUUUGAGAUUACACGCUCAAAAUCCGUAGCGGACGCCCCCAAGGGUACAGGCACUGGUGCACUGAAGAGGCACAACUCUGACGCUCAAUGCAGGACAAAUGAAAUUCGGAAUAGCACCUACAAGACGCUGGACAGCCUGGAGCAGACCAUCAAGCAACUGGAGACUACUAUUAGCGAAAUGGGACCAUGUUCCCCUGAGGAGCCAGUCAUCGCCGACAAGGAAAAAGCAGAGAAUGGGCAAAGCUCAGAAGGAGUGGGGCUGAAGAGGUCUUCCUCUCUCCCUACCUCCAGAGGGUCAGGUCCUAAGGUAUCCAACAAAAGUUCAUUGCAGAAGAAGAGUAAACCUCAACUCCUUCCUCGCCCUGUAGCCAUCCCUACUACCACGAACACCGCCACCACCACCACUGUCCCCAGUGUCUCCAGCACAGUACCACAGAACACCAGUGUCGCUUCCCCUACUAGUCGGAUGCCCGUCCCUUUGUCUGCGAAGUCCAGGCAGUCACCGGGUACAACUGACAAAGCAGGAAAACAGCAAAAACUGCAGGACGCUCAGAGGCAGUUCCGACAGGCUAACGGAAGUGCUAAAAGAGUGGGAGGGGAUCAUAAAACUACUUCCCCAGCUAUACCCAUCUCUAAAAUCCCUGCUUUUUAUCCUAGCGCUACUAAAGGCAGCUCCCAGUCUGCACCAAACUCAGAUGCUACUAACCCCAUUAACCAGUCUUCCUCCCCUUCCUCCUCCUCCUCCUCCUCCUCUUUGACCAAGCCCUCCAUCCUGUCCUCUCACGCCCCCCGUUCCAGUUCCCUACCCUCGUCCCACAUCCCCUCCCUGUCUAACGGUUCCCUCAAAAUCCCCACACCCUCACAGCACACAGGUAAAGCUCUGUCGUUCUCCUCGCAGACUCAGAAUGGUCGAGUGCACUCCUCCUCUUCAUUCUCCUCCUCCUCCUCAUCCUCCUCCUCUUCCCCCUCCCCUCUGUCGCCCACACCUGUGGGCCCAGGCGGAAAGAGCAUCCGCACCAUACACACCCCCAGCUUCACCAGCUACAGGUCCCACAACGGCAGCAACGGAAAAUCCUGCAUCCCGACUGCCACAGCAGCUAAGGACAGUACCUAGCCUCAUUAUCGCCCCUCUGACUUUACAGCUUAGCAGGUAGACCAGAUCAUGUUUCAUAUUAUAUACACUAAGUUUGCUGUUUUUUUUUUUUUGUUUGUUUGUUUUGUUUUGUUUUUUAAAAAGAAAAAUUAAAGUAUUAAGUGAUGCACUCUCAAUUCAUCUUUUAUUUGACACUGGCAUUCACACAGUUUUAUAUACUUUGAAAUGUUGGAUUUUUUUGGAUUUUCUCUCUUGAAGGUGUACCAGACGUUCUGAAAAACAAACAAAAAAAAAAUGUUUUCUAAUGUAACUAUUUAGUUUCACCACUUUGUAGUUGAAGUGGAAGGCUUUUUGUGGUGUUUAAAAUCUAUUUUCUUGCCGUAGGUUUGACUAGGGAGCGUAGAGUUGAUGUACAAUCGCAGAAUACCAUGUAAAAAAAAAAAAAAUGUGUUUUAUUUUUGAAACGACAGAUUGAAUAACCAUAGUAUAUUUAAUCUUCUAUAUUUCUUAUGUUGCCAGACAUUCAACGCAGCACAUGUAAAUGCCUUUUACGAACGUGCACAUGCACAGUGUAUGCACACAGUCAUUAGUAACUUUAGUUUUCUAAGAGUAUUUUCUCAUUUUCCUCCCAUUUGAACUGCCAAUUUAUUUCACCACUGUCGCAUCAUGAGUAUAACACGAGUUUUCAUUUUAUUGUGCCUCUUUGCCAAAGUUGUUGUAAAAUGACUCACUUCAGGCCUAACCCAGUCAUGAGCUUUUGGGGAACUCCCGUGCGCUCUCUUCGAGGUGACGAAGUGUUGACCUCUGGGUGUUUGUACUGCUGGUCUCAGUUUGUUAAGUUAACACAUAUCGUGAUCUAGAUGUAAUCUGUACUAAAAUACCAAGUGACAAAUAUGUUCCACCACAUGUACAUAAACGCUUCUACUAAGAAAAUAAGUAGUUUUGUUAACAUACCAAAGUUUAUUUGUAUGCAUGCCUUUCAGAUACUUUAUGAGAGUGGUGUAAAAGAAGAAUUAUGUUUGCACAGAUAGAUUUUGUAAAUAUUUGGUUUUCUCUCAUUUUUUUGUAAAGCUUUAAAUCAUACUAUAAAGGAGCGAUGUGUUGACAAAACUGUGUUGGAGUAGCAAAAAUAAAGUCUUGCAUGCUUGUAGUGCA